AUGGUCCAUGAACUGAAUGAGAAAAUUCUGAAGCUGAUACCUGGGGAAGGAAGAACUUACUAUAGCUCAGACAAUGUGUGCAAAGCAAGCGUGAAUACUAAUAAGGAGGAUAUAUUGUACCCAACAGAAUUCCUAAACAACUUACGAUUCCCAGGUAUCCCAAACCAUGACAUUCACUUGAAAGUAGGAAGUCCGGUUAUGCUGCUUAGAAAUCUAAAUCAAACUGAAGGCCUAUGCAAUGGUACAAGAUUAAUAAUAACACAUCUGGGUAUUUGGUCUAUUACUGCAAACAUAAUCUCUGGAAAGAACAUCGGUUCAAGAGUUACAAUACCAAGAAUUAUCAUGUCACCAAACGAUUCAAAUUGGCCGUUCAAGCUCAACAGGCACCAACUUCCUUUAGCACCCUGUUAUGCUAUGACCAUCAACAAGAGCCAGGGGCAGACUCUUCAAAGAGUUGGGUUGUAUCUGCCAAAACAAGUAUUCACACAUGGUUAA